AGAUUAUGGGAAUCAAAAAAGUGAUGUGUAAUCAACUCUGUCUAGAACUGUAGUGAAUCUGAAACUAAAAUCUGAAGCUAGUUUCUGCACCAGAGCGCCCCAGUGCACCUAUUCAGUGACGUUUCAAGGUGAAUACCAGAGGCUCUAUUGUGUGAACCGUGUUUACGGGAAAUUGAUUAGUUUGAUCUUGCGGUUAAACCUGUCUGUGCAGCGCGUUUGCCAGCUGCUUGUUUUGCAGUAGUUUAUGUGAAAAGUGACAGAUCUGCGAGUGGCAGACUUAAGGAAAUCGGAUCUCAGGCUUUAUCUGACUGAUGCAUGGUCAAAUGGCAGAAACUACUAAAGAAGAAGUAGAUGCUGGAAAUGAGGUUAAUGACCCAUCCGAAUGGGUUGAGGAUGCAACCAAGGGUUCAAAAAAUGGCGAAGAACAGAUGGACAGUCCAGUCAAAGAGAAGAGUCUUGGAUUAAGGAUGUCGUUCAGAGAAAGUUUGAAAGCGGUCAGUAAAAAGAGCCCUAUUGUAUUUAAAAGCAAAAGGUCGGAGAACACAGAUGACCAAAGCUCAAAUUCUCCAUUACGACCACCGCAGUCUCCAAGUUUGAGCAGAGGAUCUCCCUCACAAUCUUCAUUUCAGAGUCCAAAGGCAGGAAAGGCUUCUCUUGCCAGAACUAUGUCAGAUUCUGCAGUUGAAAUAACAGGUUCACUGGUAAAGAGAGGGGCAUCGAUCAGGCAGAGCUUGGGUCUGGUUACUAAACAAAAAAAACAAGAACCACUUAGACCUGUCACAGAGGCCAUGACUCCCUCUGAAGAGCAGACAGAGGUCGUAGAUACAGUGUUGGAGCUCAGAGACACAUAUACUCUGCCAGAGAUACCAACUACGCCUUUGUCAGUAAUGGAGAUUAACAAACUGAUGGAGAUGGAAGCUUUAGAGGAGGCCUACGUGAAUCUGCUGUCUCUACGCCUGGAGUUUCAGAAGGAGCAUCAAGCUCUGGAUCAAGAAGACUAUCCUAUCGAACUAGUCAAUAAAGAGAAAGACCUCAGUCUGCUCUAUAGCACAUUAAGGAACAAAAUGUUUGUCAUUGUACGCAACUCCAAUGCUCUUCCCUCAUGCAAUAAAGAUCUGCUGGUGUAUGUAGCACACAUUAUCCUGGAGGAAGAGAAGAGGCAGGGAGAGCCAGGAGCGAUGCAGGGAUGGAGGGAAGCAUGGAGGGAUGCAAUACUAAAUGGGGUUCAAGAUACACUGAAGAAAGUUCAUCUGGACAGCCGUGAGCAGAACGCUGCCUGGCUGGCAGUGCAUCUGGGGCUUCUGGGUAAAGUUGUGGUGGAGGAUUUGGAGAGAGUGAAGACUGAGCUUCAGAGCUCAUAUCCAGAAGACUUUAAUGUGUUUGAAACCUAUGUGUCCUGCUAUCACGAGGCUGUAGGAGAGCAUCUAAAGAGACUUCUGGAAAAGGUGACAGAGCUGAAAGAUUACUAUGCUCUUCUUGAGUUCAUUAUUCAUCGCUACCCCAGUGAGAAGGUAAUGGGAAGCAGCUCUCUGCAGCCUGAGUUGAAGGAAGAUCAGAGAGUGCUGACACUGGACAACGAUUUCCUUAAUCAGAUAAAAGACAAAUACUGUAGUCGCUUACAGGCUGACAUGAAAACAUCACUCAACAGAAUUAUUGAGCUGGAGAAUGAGGAAAUGUGGAAAGAAAAGAGAAAACCAGUGAUUGAUGAGGGAAUCUACAGCUCACACAUUGACAUGGACAUCUGGACUAAUAUUAAAGGGCAUGUACAAGGAUCCAGAAGAAUCGAUGUGAACCUUGAGCAGAAGGUUGUGCGCUCCUGUUUGGAGGAACUGAAGACCUUUCCAAAACGGUUUGAGUCAGCGUUUGUUGAGUGGAGCAGUCCUCUGUCAAACUCCCCUCUCUGGGCAGAGUAUCACAUCAGCUACAUCAACAGCUUUAGUGCCCUGAAAGAGCACAUGGAGGGCUAUCGAGACACCUGCCCGAUUCAACUAGGGCUGGUUCAAAAUGAAAUAGAUGGACUGACCAUCAGAUUGAGUCAAGCUGUGAUGGAGGACUUCAAAACUGAUGUCAAGCCUUUCCUCAGGAGACAAAUGACAGGGAAAUGGUUUUCAUUUGAUGAAGACUUUUCACAGCUGAUCAGCAGAACCAAGACUCUUUCUGAUCAGAGCAAGUAUAUGACCCCAAAACUUAAACAGGCUUUUGUGAACAAAGCUCACUUUUUUGUGGUGAAGGAAUAUGUAUCUCAGCUGAUGAAGAAUAACUACUCAUGCAAAAACAGGAAGAAUGAGACAGCUGCCACUAAGAUAACAAAUCAGUGGGAGGAACUGAAGGAGAUUUUCCAAGAUAUGAACUCAACCUUAGAUUGGCUCCAUCCAGUCGGGAACCAGCUGAGCAUGAUCAUUGGGUGCAAAAAAAGUGAUGUAAAACAACAUUUACAACCAUUAGUUAAUAACUAUCCAGACAUCAGGAAGGGUCAUCUUUCAGCUGUGCUGUACUUCCGGGGAAUUAUAAGAGGCAGGGAAAAGCAUAUUAUACUGCAGCGGCUAGCAGAGCUGAAACAGAGAACAGAGAAUACUGGGAAUAGAGAGCAGGCUCUCUUUAGUGAGAUUCAAGCAGCAGUUAACACAGACUGCCUGACUGGUACACCCUUCUCCUGUUUGUCCUUCAUUGUACCAGACAGCUAAUGCACUUCAUUUGAUUUGAAGUGGACAAAAUCAUUGCACUGUUUGAAAGAGACCAUAUGUCUAAUUCAAAGUAUGAGCAAUACUAAUAUAUUAUGAGCAAUAAGGAAUGUUCUCAUGCAUAAGAGGGAGCUAAAAUGUUUUUAGUAUGUUGUGAUCAUACUUAUGCCAUUUGUUAAUGCUAUUAGUAAAUAAUGAUAAAAUACUACUAGGCCUUGGUAAUGUGAUAUUUCUAGAUGCCACAUUCUAGUCAAGAAGCUUUCUCAAAAAUGCAUGCUGGUUUCAGUAAUCCUCUACAAACAGCUAUAAGCUCACAUUCAAGUCAUGUUAAAUUGAUGUCUUUCUGAUUGACUUCACUCAGAAAUGAUUCCUUACAGAAAUAAAAAUAAGUUGUAAAAGUUGAGAACCUUAUCAAAACAUCUUCUGCACACCACCAGAGGUCUAUAUAACACUGCAGUGCUUAAAAUGACAGAUCAGAUUUGUUAUUUGUUUUUUUCUUAAAUAUGAAUCUCCAUUUAUAACAAUUAUUAUUCAAAAACGUUCAUUUGGGUUUAAUUUUCUGGAUUUAAAACUUGGCUUAUUUUUUUGACUGGGCUGAUGUUGUGUCAAAAGCCCCAGAUCUUUUUAAAGAUGGAACAGGUUUCACUUCCCAAAUAAAUAUGUUUUCAUUUGUUCUCCAAGUAUUAGGCUACAGAUGAUGAAAAGCAGUCUGCACCGCUUACCUUACAGGACGACAUAAAAUAAAUAAAUCGGUCUGUGCUCAUGGCUGUAACCAGGGUUUGAAAAGUAGUAAGGUCUGGGGUGGGGUUUAGAAUUGUGCUUUAUUAUAAUAACCCCUACCAAAAACAACUAAUCAUAAUACUUUAAAAGAGACAGACUUGUAUGUUUUCUCUGUUUUGGACGGUUGAACACUUUUAAGUUAUACCAUAUUUAUUGUAGGCUAUCAAUAUUUGUUAAUACUUUAAUAUAUAGGUUAGGGUGGAUAAUUUUACCAGUUUACUAUUCAUGCAACAAUACAAAUUACUUUAAUAGUUUUCAUUAAUAACCAUUGCUAUAGGCUAUAUGAUAACUCUGUCUAAUGCUCUUAUGAAUGUUUUAUUUGCAUAACUUUUUUAAAAUGUAACUACUAUACUGAAUAAAAUAGACUUCUUCAUUGCCA